AAGCUUUGUCUUAAUUUUCUCCUUCCUUACUAUAAUAAGUGAUAUUUAUCCGAACCCUUUUCUCAUCCAGCCGCAGACUCCCCCAGCGGCUUUCCCAAAUCUUCCCGGCAGGUAAGCGAUGACGACGCACUUGAAGAAGAACAGGAAGAAGAGAGGCCAUGUGAGCGCCGGCCAUGGCCGUAUCGGGAAGCACCGGAAGCAUCCAUCGGGUCGCGGUAACGCCGGAGGAAUGCACCACCAUCGGAUUCUCUUCGACAAGUACCAUCCUGGAUACUUUGGAAAGGUCGGUAUGAGGUAUUUCCAUAAGCUCCGGAACAAGUUCUACUGCCCUACCCUCAACAUCGAUAAGCUCUGGUCACUCGUCCCUGAGGAAGUCAGAUCCAAAGCCUCCAAGGACAAAGUUCCGAUGAUUGACGUCACGCAAUUCGGAUACUUUAAGCUCCUGGGUAAGGGCGUGCUCCCGAGCAACCAGCCUGUUGUGGUGAAAGCCAAGCUUGUGUCGAAGAUUGCGGAGAAGAAGAUCAAGGAGGCAGGUGGGGCUGUUCUUCUUACAGCUUAGAUUCGUUUCAAUUCCUUUGAGUUAUUAUUAUUAUAUGUUGUCUUGGUCGUUACAAGCUUUAUGUUUUUUGACCUCUUUGGGAAAAUGUAUGAAAUUGUAGAACACAUUUGCUACAAUUUGCCCACAUUUUGGAGUUUAAUCUGCAAUAUUAUCAUGUUUACAUGCUUAUAGUUGAUUUCUGGGAUGAUUGUUCAUUUGGUUCCACUUGAUCAUUAGCAUGCCAGUAAUAAAUUAUGUUUGGAAUUUGAGGGGA